ACCACAGACCCUGAAUGCUGCAUUUGUAGACGUGAACAACCUGGACGGCGAUACCUGCGCCAGGCUGAGACAGCGUCCACACCCAGCAGGAUCCGCUCAGAGACUUAGCAGCAGACGGUCGUAAUUUGACUCACCUGAACAGAUCCAACCAUGAGGUGGCGCUCUUCUGGUCUUUCCCUCUUCCUUUUGCUCUCCAUUUUUGUCUUGAAGUCAGCAACUGAACUCAGGAUCUGUGCCUACAACGUGCAGAAUUUUGACUCUGCGAAAGCAUCAAACGAGAGACUGAUGCACUAUCUCAAACUGGUCCUGACUCGUUGUGAUAUCAGCCUCCUACAGCACGUGGUGGAUCCAGACGGUCGAGCCACUGAAAAGUUGUUGUCUGUGCUCAACAGGGGAUCUGACAGGUAUGAAGAGUACGACUACGAGGCAGUGGCCAGUGAGAGUUUGGGAAACUCUCCUGACGACAAGCAGAAGUAUGUUUUCAUCUACAGGAUGCAGACGGUGAACAUGACGGGUCAAUACCAGUACAGGAGCCAGCAGUCGUUUGUCAGAGAGCCUUUUGUGGUUCGCUUCCAAAGCAAGAAUGCAUCGAUCGGGGAGUUUAUCUUGGUCCCUCUCCACAGUGAGCCCAGCAAGGCCGUCCAGGAGAUCAACAAGCUUUACGACGUCUUUGUGGAAGUCAGCAAGAAAUGGAACAACACGAAUGUGAUGUUCCUGGGAGAUUUCCAUGCCAGCUGUGCGUAUGUGAAACGAAGUGACAGGAAAAACAUACGGCUGUUCAUGAAGUCGGAGUUCUCCUGGCUGAUCAGAAACCGAGAGGACACCACUGUCACCGACGCGACCAGCUGUGCAUACGACAGGAUUGUUGUGCAUGGAGAACCCUUCCUGAGGGCAAUCAAGCCAUUCUCUGCAAAAGUCUUUGAUCUCGGAGCGGAGUUCAAAAUGUCCAGGAGCGAGGUGGUGCAGCUGAGUGACCAUUACCCAGUGGAAGUGGUAUUAAAGAGCUCCGCCCUCUUCCUUCAGGCCACGCCCCUCCUGAGCCUAAUAAGUGCCUCUGUGAUCCUCUGGUCCUUCCUCUCUGCCCUGUGAUCAUCCCGGGCUCUGAAUGCUUUCUAUACUCGUUUGUCUUUUUUUAUUCCAAAACCAGUUCACCUUCUAGCUGUGCCAGGAUCACUCGGCGCUGUCCGUUCUUUUAACACGGGUUUAUUUUAUAGUCCCAGCUCUACUGCUCUUAGACCAAAGUGAAGUGACUGAGCAGCGAGGCAGCUCCAGGAACAGAAUGUGUAAAAUUUUAAAACAAAAAUUCAAAUAUGAGACUUUCAGGGUUUUUGGUGCUGAUUUUAAAAUAUUUUAAAUUAAGGUUUUUGCAUCAAGACAAAAGUGCAUCCAACAGUCUUGUUUGUUAUGAGGUGAAAAUGUAAUCUGAUUUUAUUUUUUAGGAGUUCUUUGUUUUCUUCUUCUUUCCAUCUUUUUCUUGAUGUGUCCCCCUCGGGUCUGUACAGAAACUGAUGUAAAUAUUUAGAAUUCCUCUGAAAAUGUUAAGAUUUUCAUUGCUUGAGAGUUUUAUAAAAUUCAGUAAAGUUUUUUUUAAUAGUAAAAUAAAAUUUAAAAAACAU